UUGGCGUAGUGCAGCCUAGCAACAGAGCAUCUCUUGCUUUCUUUACGCUGUCAGUUGCCUGUGAUAGAGAUCAGCAUCCAUGCACCAGAGGGCUGUGUACCCCAGGGGUGGCCAGCAAGACAAGGGGCCGGGGAGAAGGAGGUCAGGAUCCUUGCACAGGUGUCUCCAUGGUGAUGGCGAGGACGCGCAGGGAGAGAGAGGGAGGCGGGGACGAGCUUUUUUCUUCCCCUCGCUUGCUGUAAUUUGCGUUGUGCAAGGAUUCAGCAAAGUGACGUCUGCGGAUCAGACGGGGUCUGGGAGGAGAAAGGAAGCCUGAUCUUUGUUAACAUGUCACCUCCUUUCGCUCCUGGAUGUUGCUGUUGGUUUGGACAGUCUCCAUCACACAAUAGACAAGGGAGGGCUGACCUCCAAGAAUGAAAAUGGGGAGUGCGUUUCAGAAGGUUGCUUCUGUCUUAUCUUGCAGCUCUGAUGAUGAACUGAGUUGCAUUUCGACCGACAUGAAUGAAAUAAUGGCUGACAGGAUGCUGGAUGCCUGCCACAAGAAGAUAAAGAGACUCCCAGUUCCAAUAUGCUCCUUUACCUAUGUGGAGAAGCUGUACAUCAGCAACAACAAGCUGAGAGAACUUCCUGAUGAAUUUGAACAGCUGGUCAACUUAAAGAUCUUAGCACUGGAUUUUAACAAAUUUGAAGAUGUGCCUAAAGUUGUAUGCAAUAUGCAGAACCUGACCCGGCUCUACCUUGGUAGCAAUAGAUUAAUGACAAUUCCUCCAGAGUUUAGGAAUCUCGAAAACCUCAGGUGUCUAUGGAUAGAGAGCAACUAUUUCAGAAAAUUUCCCAAACAGUUAAUUAAUAUGCCCAGUCUGAAAUCACUGCAGAUGGGGGACAACAAACUAAAGUCUUUACCAGAGGAUCUGGUUAGAUUCAUUAACCUACGUGGAUUUUGGUUAUACGGCAACAGAUUUGAGGACUUUCCGAAGGUGUUACUGAAAAUGGAAUUUCUAGAAAUCCUUGAUAUGGACAAAAAUAAAAUCACAGAGUUUCCCAAUAUGGAGCACCUUUCAAGACUCAAACUGUUUUCCUAUGAUCAUAAUCCUGCCAAGCACCCACCAAGUGUGGCGGAUGGGGUGACAUUGGUGGGUGAAGGGGCAGCAGAAUUAUUGGCUGCUAGAGCUCAAGAAAUGGAAGACAAUGAGGAAAAUCAGGAGCCUCUGCACAGCAUCCUCAAAAAUGGCUCUACAGGACUGGAAACGGAGGGCAGCUUCUCGGCAUUAGAAUGCUCUCAAGAGGAGACAUGAAGCAGGCUGCAGGUACCAGCCAUGGAAUAUCACAUGUUCAGGCACCUAGUGACAGUCUUGUGAGAUUGGGUUCAACACACCCUGGACCAGGAAGACAAUGGAGCAGGCAGCUAGAGUUAUAAUGGCCUAAGGAAUCAGCACUGGGUGAACUAAUGUAGAACACACACAAAAAAUAAGGAAAGUUGGUUACUUCUUUAUAUAACACGAUUCGUGUUGCAUUACCAGAUAAGGUCUUUUAAAACAGUGAGGGCUUUUCUAAUGACAGAUUGUCCCGUGACAGUGUUGCCAGCUGAUGGUGUAAUAGUUGGUGCAACAUACAAUAUAGGACCUUGUGUCUCUAUCACCAGAUUAACUCAAGAAUGUCUGUGACCCUGCAAUACAAUGGUAAAAUAACAGUAGGAAAUGCUUCUCAACAGACUGUUGUCAAAAGAUACUAAUAAUAGUGUUAAAGUUACCACAGUAAUAAAGGAGGGGCUGUUUCCAUAUUGCAAUAAGAUUUGGAAUGGCAGUUACAUAUUUAUUAAUAAGUUGCUCUUACUAAUAAAUUUGUAAUGUGUACAACAAAAUAACGUGUCACUAGAAUGCAGUUACUCUGGAAAGAGAUCAUAUUCAGCAACAUCAUUAAACUCCAUUCAUUAUCUUGAAAAUAAGCUGUAUUUGUUUGCAUCAAAAUAAUUCAGGAGGAGUUAAAAAUAACAACUCAUUCUAUUUAUUGUGGGCAGAUGGACGAGAUGAGGGGUAGGUGUUGGGGAUAGUUGUGGGGGAGUGAGAAUAAAAAAAACAUACGCACACUGUAUUUGCAUGCAAGUCUGCUAUGACUUUCCAUUUCCUUAAAUGGCAAGGGAGAGAUUUUCACUGGAAGUGACUGUGCCAGGAAUGUAGCUUAGAUAGGUUCACAGAUCCGCUCAUUUACUUCUGUUUAGGGAAAAGGACUUGUGGUGUCACAAAAUUAUGAACAGAAAAUGAGGGGAGAAAGAUAUAAAACAAUAACUGUGAAAAUCAUAGUGCAAUUGAUGUCAAUCACUGGGGAAAUUCAGUGUAAAAAUUUGUCUGUAGAGCACUAAUUGAUGGAUAUUAUAAUUAAAUCAGUUCUGCUGAUCUUUACUGAUGACACUUGAAUUGCUAUUUCCUUCCUUUCUCAGGGUUCUGUCCCUCUAGAGUGAAAGUGAUCAGUCUCCUGGUUCACUUGAGUUCUAU